CAUCCGUCAUGAUUAUCGUCUGACUGACAACGGUAGGCCACCUUACGACAUAGCUGGAAACUGGAAAACCAUCGCUGUGUCUGUUCGCCACGCACAGACACCCGUUCCGAAACGUUCCCGUUACAUUGGUCUACUAUCACGAGUGGUGACUACUUUUUCCGUCCACGUUGAUGUCCCUUCUUCCUCGGUAGAGAGUCGUUAUUUUUAUUAUAUUGAAUCGAGAGCUUUUCGGAAAGACAAAAUGGCAGAGAUGGGGAUGGGGAAAGGGGUUACUGCGGGGAAACUUGCCAGUAACGUGCAGAAAAAAUUAACACGGGCCCAAGAGAAGGUAAUGCAGAAGCUGGGUAAAGCAGAUGAAACCAGAGAUGUUGCAUUUGAGGAGGGAGUGAUCAACUUCAACAAACAAUAUACAGAGGGAUCCAAACUGCAAAAAGACCUUAGAGCAUACCUGGCUGCAGUACAAACGAUGCACGAAUCCUCCAAGAAUCUUCAGGAGUGUUUGUCUGACAUGUACGAGCCUGAGUGGUACGGCAAAGAUGACGUGGACUCCAUCGUUGAGGACACAGAUGUUCUGUGGACUGACUUCCAUCAGAAGUUGGUGGAUAAUGCUUUGAUAUCUAUGGACACAUAUCUUGGACAGUUCCCUGAUAUUAAGUCUCGUAUUGCAAAGCGUGACAGGAAGCUUGUGGACUACGACAGCGCCAGACACAACCACUCUUCUACCAAUAAGGGGAAGAAAGGAAAGGACGGGGGCAUCAAGAUCACCAAGCCAGCAUCUCUGUUGGAAAGGGCCACUCCAGUUUGGGCUCAGGGCAUCCUGUCAGCCCACAACAUUGCUCAGAGUAACCUCUCCAGGAACCAGGCGGAGGACGAGUUGGAGAGAGCUCAGAAGGUGUUUGAGGAGAUUAAUGAAGAUCUGCAGGAGGAACUGCCCUCACUCUGGAACAGUCGAGUUGGUUUCUACGUUAGCACCUUCCAGAGUAUGGCUGGCUUUGAGGAGAAGUUCCACAAGGAGAUGGGGAAGCUCGACCAGAAUCUGUACGAUAUUCUUGUCAAACUGGAGAAACAGGACAUGUCUGGAAAGGCAACAGGUAACAGCGGUGCACGGACGUCUCUGCGAGCUCAGAGGAGUGAGCUCCCCAGAGGAGCAGAUUCAGCCAAUCACACUCUGAGUCCAGGCGGACCGCCACCCAUCCCCAAGUCCCCCUCCAAGCUGAGACCAGCGAUGCCGCCGCGGCCUGAAUCCAGCCCCUGUCGGGACAUGAAACCAGAAAACAUCAUUAACCUGUUUGAUGCUGCUGCUGCUCCUAACAUCAGUGUUACGUCCCCAACACAGUUUGACAGCCCUGCAGGGUCCAACCUGUUGGACAUGGACCUGUCCACCCUGGCUGCACCAAGUCAUGGUGGCACAGCCGUGUCCUCAGCCUCUCAGGCGGUAUCAUGGGACACAUGGGAGCCUGAGGAAACUCCUGCUCCACCAGAGGAGCCCCAGGGCUGGGAUGAUGACGGUACCCUGCCGGUGCGUGCUGCUGGCUGGGAUGAUGACGGUACCCUGCCGGUGCGUGCUGCCGGCUGGGGGGAUGACGGUAUAGCUGCCGCCGCGGCAGGCUGGGAUGACGAUGGCUCUCUGCCUGUGAGGGUGGAUGACUCCUGGGGGGAUGACGGUGAUGCUGAUGCUACAUCCGUUGCCCCAGCCACUGCUUCCGCUGCCGUGGCCGAGUCUGAGGCUGCUGGCUGGGAUGAUGAGGAGGAGGGGGUGCCCCAGGCUGACACACUUACGGCACCUGCAGCCCCUACACCUGCAGCCCCUACACCUGCAGCCCCUACACCUGCAGCCCCUACACCUGCAGCCGCAGUACCAGAAGAGACUCCUGCUGUGGCAGCAGCAGCAACCAACGGGGAUUCAGAGGCCGUAGAGAUGCCUCCAGGAUUCCUCUUCAAAGUGACCACCAUGCAUGACUAUGCCGCUAAUGACUCAGAUGAGCUGGAGAUGAAGGCUGGAGACAUAGUGCUGGUUGUGGCCUUCGACAACCCAGAAGAACAGGACGAGGGCUGGCUGAUGGGGAUGAAGCAGGAAGAUUGGAUCCAGAAUAAACAGAGUGCGCUCAAAGGGGUGUUCCCCGAGAACUUCACCUCCAGGCUGUGAGAGAGGAGACGCCAUAUUUCUUCUCCUCUGACUUCUCUCUCUGCCAGAAUCUCCUCUCCUCUCCUCUCCUCUCCUCUCCUCUCCUCUCCUCUCCUCUCCUCUCCUCUCUUUCCACCAGAUUCCUCUUUUCUCUGUCUCUCUAUGACCCAAUUCCCUGUGCCAUCCUCCCUUCCCUUUCCUAACCUCUGGGUUUGUGCCAGCGUGAUACUGUAGGUAUCGGCAUCGUCAGCUGUCUGUUCUGUAUCCAUGUCUAGCAUGGUUUACAUGCUCUUGCUGGUUAGAAGUAUUUUUUGGGGGGGGGGGGGUAAUGAGGCUAUAGGGUCAGAUUGUGGCAUAUCAGUUGACUUGCACUUGUUUUAAAUCGCCAUAAAACAGAAAUAUGUUUCAGUAUACGUACGUACUUUGAAGAGGUGUAUUACAAAGGAGUUCAUCUAGUGUUCUUUAUCAUCUUUUUUGCAGUACAAUCAGACAGAAAAGACAUUGAAGAUGACCCUUAGGGCUUUACAGAGGGCGUAACCUCUCAGAGAAACUUCUCUACUGGCUAAGGCAUGACACCAUAAUACCAGCCCUAAGAGACCUUAGACCUUUUUGAUAUGACUCGUUGGCUUUCUCCUCAACCCCUUCACCCACUAAAGUAUGUUUGUGUCAAGGUUGCCAGGUGUUGUGAUGAUUCCGGGUUGCCAGGUGUUGUGUUAAUACCGGGUUGCCAGGUGUUGUGAUGAUUCUUUCCUGAAAAGACUAACUAACCCUCUCCCUGUUCUAUACUGUAUGUAAUUGUCACCUGAACUUAACUCUACAUUCCUGCAUCAUUUAACCCUUAAAAUAUUAAGGAAGCAGACUAUCUGUGUAAGGACACUAAAUAUGGCUGUGUUUUGUUUCCUGAAGGUGUAACAAUAUAAAUCUAAGUCUAUGUACACUGAGAGGGAUAUGCAGUUUAUUUUGAGAAAUGUGUGUUAUGUUUUUUUCUCCUGUGAAAGAUGUUAAGUGACUCUGACCCCUCUGUGGUUCGUGUGACUGGUGGUUUAUGGUCCAGAUUAUUCAUCCAUCAGAAUAACUCACCAUUUAUUUUUUUUGUAUGCAGUCGGAGCAAUGAUCAUUGGAAGAUAGGGAAAGUGUCAACUCAGAAAUGUUAAUAAUAUCAUAGAGACAUUGUUGUAUUCCCCCUAUGCCAUGCCCCAGUUCAGUGUGACUUCUGUCAUCUAGAUUUCUAUUCAAACUGACAUGAUCUGCUGAAAUGAUGCCGUAAGCUGUAGUGUACGUGGAAGUGUUUGUGUACGUACGUGAGUGCGUGUGUGAAUCCGCGAGUGUGUGUGUGUACUUUUCAUACAGAGAACUUUUAUCCCUCCUCGGCUGUACCUCUGAAUUUAUUUAUGUGCUAUUGUCAUUGCUUUCACUUCCUCCUGUGUGGUGAUUGGAUAAGACAGUUUUACAGGAGCCAUUCUGAUUUCAUUAAGGACUCAGGAGAGACCAAUUCUACUGAGUCAUAUUGAAAUACUUUGUUUUUUUUGCUGGUGUUAUUAUCAUUGUGCAUUUAUCGUGUAUAUAUUACGUGUAAUUUAACAAGUUGUGACAAGCAUAUUAUUCAUAUCUGUGUAUGUGAGUAAAUGUGUCAAGGAGCAUGCCAAAUGAAUUCCAUGUGUGGUGUAUUAUAGGAGCAAUCCUCUUUGUUGAACUCGUUAGGGUGGGGAAAGACCUGGUUCCCUCUGAUUACUAUUGGACGACCAAUAGUAAUAAACAAAUAUUUAGAAGCUCAA